UCUUAAUGUGCGAUUGCUGUUUUCUUUUAAGCCUAAAUAACCUUGAUGCUUCUUUGCUUUCUGCUGCAGAGCUGGGGUCGGUUCACCUCGUCAAAAUCAAUAGUUUAUUGACAAUUUUAGAGUUUAACAGCCUUCUUAGUGCAGAUAUUGUGUGUGUAGUUGCUGUAUUGAGGUGAAUUAGACCCAGCUCUGCCCUGCACUGUCUCACUUUAUGCUGUGUUUGUGAUUCCCAUGUAGAUCUCUGGCAAGAGAUUGUUUCAAUCUCCGAUCUUUUUGCAGUUGCGUGUAAAAAGUAGGGGCCAGAGAAGUUUGAAAGUGACCCUUGUACGAGGCUAUAACCUGGAGUCACUCUGGCUCUGUCUCUUACAGAACAAAGUGGAGGAGCUAAACCAGCGACUGAGGCAAGCUAUGGAUGACAGCAGGAACCUGCCGUUCGGUCGGCCUGCUGUCCUCUUCCGUACCAAAUACUGCAUCCUGCACCACAGCGACUACAUCAGUGGCUACAGUGAAACUCUGUCCAUGCCCGUCUGGACAUCGUACACUGCCAGCAGACAGGUAGAAGUGUCUCCUCUGCCUGAAGCUCUGUCCAACUGUGUGAGACCUGAUUCCAGAGUCCCUCCAGCUUACAGCCAAUCAUGUACCAACUACAGAGCAGAUAAACACAUCACGUACGCCUUUCUGUACCCACCACAACUGUCGUCAAAUCUAGACAAAAAAUCCGAUGCUGUCCUCAUCACCAACACUGUUCCCAUGUAUCCUGCAUUCAAGAAGAUAUGGGGUUAUUUCCAGAGAGUGCUGGUGAAGAAAUACGCCACUGAGAGAAAUGGAGUGAAUGUUCUGACUGGACCCAUAUUUGACUACAACUAUGACGGUGUCAGAGACUCAGCUGAGAAGAUACGAGAGUAUAUAAGUGGUACAAUCCCAAUCCCCACUCACUACUUUGUGGUCCUGACCAGCUGCUUAGACUUCACACAAGCUACAGACGCGUGUAACGGACCGCUCAACAGCGCCACCUUCAUCCUGCCGCACAGACCCACCAAUGAUGAGAGCUGCAACGUACGGAUGAGCUCAGAGGAGGAGUCUCGUUGGGUGGAGAGCCUGAUGAAGAUGCACACAGCUCGGGUCAGAGACGUGGAGCUCCUGACAGGCCUGGACCUGUACCGCAGGACCAGCCGCAGCUACGCUGAAAUCCUCUCGCUCAAGACCUACAUGCACACCUACGAGAGCGAGAUCUGAGUUCUGCUAAUGUUCCUGACGUUAUCUUCUGCCGUGGUGGAUCCAUGUGGUACCAGGAGGAGCUGCAGUCAUCUCACCCCACCAGCUGCUCUGCAGCAUCUAUGCUGUGGCCCUUUCACUGACUCCUUCAUGUGCUUUCAUCUCAGUAACUGUUAUUUUGCAUACAUUUUGAACACCACUCAGCUAAGAGGCCACUCGAGUUUAAUAUUUAGCUUUUCAAAAGGCAGAGAUCGAUAUCCAUUCGCUGCUGCACAAUGACACUCAUUUCAUCCAACCAUGACUGUACCCACCUAUGUGUCAGAGGCUGUGACUGGAAAUGAGUCACAGCAUCACUAAAUAUGUCUCGAGAUACUCGAGUAGAGUUACACCAUAACAAACAGAUCGGUGUAGAGACAGAUUCUGACCAAUCAGAUAACAGCUUUUAUUUUUCUUUGAAUAUAAGUAAGAUGUUCUCCUAUGUGUGUGUGGCUGUAUGACAUGCCAAGAGAAACACAAACUUUCUCACUUCCCUUCAUCUUUAAGCAACCACUAUUUUUGGAUACACUCAAUGAAAUCAGUUUUCAAAAGUCUAUAAAAGGCCAUUGUGGAUUUGGUUACAUUGGUUACGUCCUCACGUUUGUGUAUUGUCAGGUACAUCUACAUGUUGCACCAGUGCACAAUCAGAUCAGUUGUUUAAGUGUUUCACCAGCCUGGAGGCUGUUAGGAGGCUAAAUAAAGAAAUGAUGUUUUUGCACGUGGAGGUGCCUGAAACAGCACGGUGUCAAGAAUCCACGAUCCUUUUUCAUUCCAUAUUCUGGACAUUGCAGCUUCAACAUGGCUGACAUUCAUCAAUAAGACCUGUUGUCACAUCAUUAAGAAACCUGCUGUAAGUCAGGUUCUCAGAGCACUGCGUUUCUCUUGACAUCAUGAUGUUUUUCAUGGUUAUGAAGAAACAAAGGAGGUUUGUAUUUUCACUGUUUCCUCUCUUCCUCGUUGAUCUCCUUGGUCAGAGUGUGGGCAGUUUUCCUGUGAAUGCACAAGCAUUAAAGCAAGAAAGUUUAUUUGCCGUGGAAUUUCAUCUUCUGUCCAAUUCAGUCAACUUUCCAAGUCAAGUGAAAAUUAAUUCAAAUGGAAAGCAAAGUGACCGUGAGGCUGUGGGAUUACACUAGGCCCAUCCAUAAACGCUUUUACAAAUCUGGGACUGCAGAUGUAGAGAGCUAGAAUCCACGUUACAGAGAAGCGACGUUUGAAUGAUGUCAAGGAAAAGCGCCUUGCACCACAGAGCCCCAGAGAAAUCAGCAGUAAGGACUGUAAAACCAAAGCUGUCUUGUGUACGACGCAUUCAAAUCAAAUCAAAUCACUUUUAUUGUCACAUCACAUGUGCAGGCACACUGGCACAGCACAUGCGAGUGAAAUUCUUGUGUGCGAGCCCCACAAGCAA